CGGUCUUCCGGGAAAUGGGACGAGGAGGUGUGGCUACGAGAUCUAGGGGUCUUCCUAGUUAGGGGCAGGUUGUUGCUUGCAGAAGUUCGGAAAUGCUGUGGUGGAUGUAGUUUUCCACUUUGUUGGAAGAGGAUAUGCGCGCAAGUUUCUUGGUGUGCACCUUGUCUUUCAAUUGAUUGGGCCUCUGAAUCCAGUUCUGUGGUCUUCAACUUAAUCAGACACCAUGGAGGCACCUCCAGUUACUAUGAUGCCUGUUACUGGGGGCACUAUUAAUAUGAUGGAAUACCUACUGCAGGGAAGUGUUUUAGAUCGCAGCUUGGAAAGCCUUAUCCAUCGUCUUCGUGGUUUGUGUGACAACAUGGAACCUGAGACUUUCCUUGACCAUGAGAUGGUAUUUCUCCUUAAGGGUCAGCAGGCCAGUCCAUUUGUUCUCAGGGCCCGGCGCUCUAUGGAUAGGGGAGGGGUGCCCUGGCAUCUGCGCUACCUGGGGCAACCAGAAAUGGGAGACAAGAACCGCCAUGCCUUGGUGCGAAACUGUGUGGACAUUGCAACAUCUGAGAACCUCACUGACUUCCUGAUGGAAAUGGGCUUCCGCAUGGACCACGAGUUUGUUGCCAAGGGACAUCUAUUCCGUAAGGGUAUCAUGAAGAUUAUGGUGUACAAAAUCUUUCGAAUUCUGGUGCCCGGCAACACAGAAAAUACUGAGCCCUUGUCACUCUCCUAUCUCGUGGAACUGAGUGUGGUUGCACCAGCUGGACAAGACAUGGUCUCUGAUGACAUGAGGAACUUUGCUGAGCAGCUGAAACCUCUAGUUCACUUAGAGAAAAUAGAUCCCAAAAGGCUCAUGUGACUAAGAAAGUCUAUCUACCAUUGAGGCUUAAAAAAAAAAAAGUAGGGGCCAAGUGAUGACGCACCUGGUUGAGUGCACAUGUCACAGUGCUUUAGGACCUGAGUUCACAUACCUGGUCCCCACCUGCAGGCGGAAAAGUUUCAUGAGUUGUGAAGCAGUGCUGCAGGUGUCUCUCUGUCUCUCUCCUUUAUCUCCCCCUUCCCUCUCAAUUUUGUGUCUAUCCAAUAAAUAAAUUACUUUUUUUUUUAAUAAAUUACUUUUUAAAAUGUCAUAAACAAGCUGCAUUUUCACAGUCUGCCAGUCAGGUAUUCUCCUUUCAGGAAGGACAGUGAGAACUUCGUUGGUUCUAUUGUACUCUUUUUCUCAUGUUGCACGUUUGCUUUUGUGAUAAGCUUUGUAAGUGAAAAACUCAGUGUAGGGGUUGGUAGAUAGUUAUAUAACAACAUUUCUUUCUUUCUUUUUUCUUAAGGUUUUAUUAAUUUAUUAAUGAGAAACAGGAGAGGGAAAGAGCCAGACAUCACUCUGGUACAUGUGCUUCUUGGGAUUGAACUUGGUACCUUAUGCUUGAGACUCUAAUGCCAUAUCCACUGCACCACCUCCCAGACCACUAGAGCAUUCUUCUUGCCUUAUAUUCGGUCCUGAAUUUGAACCCUAAUACCACAUGUACAGCACCAGGAGGAGCUCCAUGGUUAGUGGAAUAGUGCUAUAUUGUAUUUCUCUCUAAAUAAAAAAAAAUGAAGAAAG